CUGUACUCGAAAAAUAUGAUCAGUUGUGUUAUCAGACCAGUUGCACGGUUUUCUCUUCCUCGCAGCAAUAUCAAAUUAUGCCUUUUGCGGCAUGUAGAUUAAUAAUUUGGACAGCGCGACGUAUGCAUGAUGCUGUUGUGUGAUGCUUGUAUCCAAUGCUUUCCUUUACAGCUGACCAUUUAAAAGUGUUUUCCAAUAUAAACGCUGAUCGGAAGGCGACCUGAGUGGUCAGUGGCACUGCCUUGUGUAAUUGGUAACAAUUGACGAUGUCCUUCCGGAUACGGCCUUCGAAGUUUCGUCAUGUUUAUGGCGAUCCAGCGAAGAAGCCGCUGUGUUAUGAGAAUAUUCGCAUUUCCAAAAAUGCCCACGACACCUAUUUUGCCUGCGUGAAUCCGAAGUUUCUGGCAGUGAUCACAGAAAGUGCUGGAGGGGGGUCGUUUCAAGUUCUACCACUGGAAAAGGUUGGCCGCAUUGAUCUCGACUUUGGGAAAGUCAGUGGACACACAGGACCCGUUCUUGAUAUAAAAUUUGAUCCCUUCAAUGAUAACGUUAUCGCUUCGGCGAGCGAAGAUUGUUCAGUGAAAAUAUGGCACAUUCCUGAUGGAGGUGUCAGAGAAAUGCGUGAUGCACUGGUCACUCUGCAAGGUCAUCAGCGGCGCGUCGUGCAGUUAGAAUGGCAUCCAAUCGCGGAACACAUACUGUUGUCAGCCGGUGGUGAUUCAUGGGUAAUCGUAUGGGAUGUUGGGCGCGGAGAUGCUGUGAGAGUGAUCGACUGUCAUCGGGAUGUGGUCUGCUCAAUGGGUUUUAAUUUCACGGGUAGCCUGUUUGCUACCACAUGUCGCGAUUUGCAGAUUCGAUUGAUUGAACCACGAAUGGCCAGUGUGGCACAGACGACUCCCGGACACGCUGGAUCAAAACCGUCGAAACUGGCAUUUGUUACCAAUAAGAAAAAACUCUUCACCACAGGCUUCUCCAAAUACAGCGACAGACAGUUUGCCCUCUGGGAUGUCAACAAUUUGUCGCAGCCAAUAAAGAUGGACAUUAUGGAUUCUUCUAGUGGUGUGGUAUUUCCCUAUUACGAUCCGGAUACGAGCGUAGUCUAUCUAGCAGGGCGGGGGGACGGAAACAUACGCUAUUACGAAGUGACAGACACGCUGCCUUAUUUGCAUUAUUUAAGUCAGUAUCAGUCCACUGCACCGCAACGAAGCGUAUGCGCUAUGCCCAAACGUGGUCUGAAUUUCAACGCAUGUGAAAUUUGGAGAUUUUAUAAACUUUACGCAACGAAAAACUACGUGGAGCCAAUUUCCAUGAUUGCUCCUCGUAAGUCCGGAUUAUUUCAUGAAGAUCUUUUCCCUGAUACUGCUGGACCAACACCAGCAUUGACAACGGAGGAAUGGCUAAAUGGCAACGAUGCCAAACCGGUCCUGAUCUCACUUAAAAGCAAUACUAGUCUGAAAACAUCAAAACCGGUUAUGUAUAAAGCCGAUGAGAAUCAGUUGAUCACAUCGGAUCGCAACAACGAACUAAAAUUCCGCUUUAUUGCGGAGACUGCACAAGUGGAUUACCGACCACUGAGUGAGCGAAAAACAAAUAAACACGCCAAUGGAUCUAAUGGUGCUGACGAUACGGAAAAUAAAUCGAACAAAGACUUCAGGCCUCGGAGCUUAUACGUCGCGGCCAAGGAAGACCAGAUGCUUAAGCAGGAUAAUCGGGGGGAUCGAUUUCAGCGACAUCGAUUUAGCUGGCAGGGCGAUCCUCCGGCAGAGUUUUCCGGCAGUGAUGGGUCACAUCCAAAUGUUACGAUCCCAUCACGGUCAUUCCAGUCUUUACAAAGAAUGUGGAAUGAUCGCCAGAAUCAUUCGCUUGACCACGUUUCUUCGUCAGAAUCUCCAACUCCUUUUAAUGGACAUCCUUUUGUACCGCUGCUUGAGUGCGCCGAAGAAGGUGAAAGCGAAUUACGAUCCACACCGGUCCAGUCAGUAUCCGGGGUGCAUCCUGCUUUUUUGGAUGCAAAGACGCUCAACGGCCAUGAUCACGGUGAGGAUGUCGUAGCAAAGAGAAUGUCGGACGAGCGAAACGAUAAAGAAAAUCGAAACCCACAUUCUUCGGAAAGUCCGGGUCCCCAAAUCUACAAAAUGUAUCUGGAACAAAAAGAGACAAUUUGUUGUUUACAACGAGAACUGAAGCUGAAAGAGGAAGAAAAUUUUCGAUUGCGAUACGAAAUUGAAAUGUUGAAGGCUCGAUACAGUGGCGACAACAACCCUCUUCAAGUAGAAAAGGAAGUGGUGAUAAUGACGAUGGUGGACACAACUGAUUUGGAACACGCGUCGGUGGAAAACGCAGAACGUGAGCGUGAAGAAACUGGAGAGUCUCAAAUUUAGCU